AUGAACGGGCAGAGCGACAACGCCGAUACGAAAUGCAAAAAGCUUCACCCGUUUUUCUCGACAAACAAUAAUUCUAAAGAUGGCAUGUUAAACGUCACAACUCCCGUUACGCCAGAUCCAUCGUGUAGUCCCAAUUCUGUCGACGCUGCCGAUACCGCCGACACUGCUGACACCGCCGACAAUGACGCCGAUCAGAGUCCUCCGUCUAGCAUGCUGAAGAGAAAGCUAGGCGAGACAAGCGAUGCCCAAGACACAUCCAUGUUAGCUUCGACUUCUAAGCCUUCAAAAGUAUUGAAAUUGAAUCGCGCAACCGGCACAAUUGGCUCCCCCCCGAAACCAAAACCUACCACGAAGAAGACAUCGAAACGCGGCCGAAAACCCAAGACGUUCCUGGUUUCUAUAUGCUAUGGCAAGGAAGAUGACAAUUCCCGGUUUCAAAUUGGGAAUAAGAUACACCAAUUGCUUACCAGUCCUAAUUCCCAAGCGAUGAUAGCAACGGCGCCGAAAGAUAACACUUCUAUUCUCCCGGAAACACCACCCUCGAGCCGAGAUGUUGAAGCAGCACCUAAAAAACCCACUCAUCCAUUCUUCCAAGGGAAAACGAAGACUACCACAAUAGAAGCAGUAGAAGAAAAGCAGAAGCCCCAGAGGCGAGUAUUCUUCAGCUCGGCUAACUCGUCGAAAAAUACGCGGCCGGCUUCUGGCAGAUUCGAUCUCCCAGCCCCUGGCGUCAAGUCCAACACUCUCAAGAUACCGGGAGCGCAGCAUCCAGCUUGGCCAUCGAAAGAGACGGCACACGUACGUGGUGAUGUGUCGCAUCAUUUCAGCAACCCUAGUCCUGCAGACGAGGAACAAUGCCUAUGUCUUCAGAAUAAACGGAAGGCAAAAGGGCAACAAGUCCAGAUCCCCGAAUCAGAGUCGAUACUACGUCAGACUGCGUCGAAGCUAAAUUUAAAGCAGCUGAAGAAGGACAUGAAAUUUUACGACGACGAAUUCCAACCUCCUCCGCCCGUCUUAAGGGUCCCCACUAGGUAUUUCGAAAGUGGAAAAAAAUUACAGGUGCGCGUAUCUAGCGAGUUAGUGACAUUUCAUCCGCGCAGUAAUACCUCGAAGACGCACCCAGCGCUCACGCAUGCGUACAACUCUAUCGAGAAGAGCCUAUCUGCUUUCGACAAAGCAACAUGCGAAACGAGCGCGUGGUCCCAGAAGUACGCACCCUCAUCCGCAGAACGAGUGCUUCAGAGUGGCCGGGAAGCCGAAUUAUUACGUGAUUGGCUAGAGAAUCUCAAGGUGCGAGCCGUAGAUUCGGGAUCUAAGCCAAAGAUAGUGGCUCCGACAAAGGCAAAAGGCAAAAGGAAGAAGCUAGACGGGUUCGUUGUUUAUAGUGAUGAGGAAGGGAGUGAAUACGAGUUGGACGAGAUAUCUGACACGGAAGGGGACUGGUCACAAAGCAGCGGCCAAGGCAAUGCGAAGAAGACGGUCAUACGGUCCGGUUCUGCUCGCCAAGCAUCUCGAGAUGGCGGUCGCUUUGCCAAUGCCGUGGUCCUUAGCGGCCCACAUGGUUGUGGCAAGACGGCUACUAUAUACGCCAUCGCCAAAGAGCUCGAUUUCGAGAUCUUCGAGAUUAAUUCGGGUUCUAGAAGGAACGGGAAAGACAUUCUAGAAAAGGUCGGUGAUAUGACUCGAAACCAUCUCGUUCAGCACCGCAAUAAGGAAGACGUACCCCAAGAAGAGGACGCCUUGGAAGACGAGGUAGAUCGAGAUUUGAAGUCUGGCAAACAGGGAAUGAUGACUGCGUUCUUCAAACCGAAGACAACUCCAGCUCCAGCUCCAGCUCCAACCAAGAAACCCACUGAUUCGCCCAGUUUCAAGGAGGCAAAGAAGUCACCUAAAGCUCAGAAGCAGUCUUUAAUUCUACUCGAAGAGGUCGAUGUGCUGUACGAGGAGGACAAACAAUUUUGGGCAACCAUUAUCUCUAUGAUUGCUCAGUCAAAGCGUCCUUUUGUAAUGACAUGUAAUGACGAAGCAUUGGUUCCAUUACAAGGUCUCAAUCUACAUGGCAUUUUUCGUUUCUCUAGUCCGCCAAAAGACCUUGCCGUCGACUUGCUGCUUCUGAUCGCCGCCAACGAGGGUCACGCUCUCCAGAGACACACAAUCGAGACGCUCUAUGAUUCGCGCGGUCACGACUUCCGUGCCUCGAUAACUGAGCUUAACUACUGGUGCCAGAUCGGAGUUGGAGAUGUACAAGGAGGAUUCAAUUGGUUCUAUCCGAGAUGGCCUAAAGGGAGUGAUGUUGACGAAGACGGCAAUGUCAUCCGGGUGGUUAGCCAAAAUACCUACCAAGCUGGCAUGGGCUGGCUUAGCAGAGACUCGGCGAUCGAUAGUUUAUCGUCUCGUGCGACUGAAGAAGAGCUGCAUCAACAAGUCUGCCAAAACUGGUCUCUCGAUACGCUGGAUUAUCGUCCUCAAGAUGAAUAUUCUUCUUGGGCGGCUACAGCUGCUGAGCGAUGCUCUUCAGCCAAGGAGAGGCUUGAGCUUUUGGAGUCAGUUGACUCGUACAUCGGCUUCAUGAGUGACGCCGAUCUUGGCUUGUCCGACUUCUCGGCCAUACCUAAUAAGAUUUCCAUGGAUCCGACCAUCCCCAGCCUACCAGCGAAGGCAAAGGAUGAUUUUAUCAUUGGUCGGCAGCUGAUCGAAGUAUCCCCUGCCGUUUAUUAUGAUACCACACGUUUUGAUAUGGCUGCUAGUUUAAAGCACCUAGGAAGACGACAAUUACAAAGUAGACAAGAUAUCGACAGGGUUUCAAACAUAUUCAAACCACUAGACGAGACCGAAGUCACCACUAGGUUGAAGGACCAUCUCAGUGGACAUCUAGACACACAGCCGGCUGUCGCACGAAUAGAUUACAGUCUCGCGUUCGACCCUAUCGCCGCCUCGGAGAAAACCAUGGCGGCAGGCUACCUCGAUCCCUCCGUGUUCGACGGGACCAUGGAAUCGAUUUGCAUCGACGUAGCCCCUUUUGUUCGUAGCAUCGUAUCAUACGAUCAGCGACUACAAAAACAACGAGUUUCCCGCAGCAGUCUGCUCAGCGAAGGCGGACAGGUGGGAAAGAAACGUAUGCGCACAACAAGAAGUGCGUUAUCGGCCCUGGAAGGCGGUCCACGGGCUAGUACAAGACGAGAGAAAUAUUUCUCCGCAAGCAUCAAUCCCUAUCUCGUGAUGCGGACGGGUGGUAAAGGAUGGGAUGGAGUUGUGGCUUCAGUUAUGGACGAGUCAGGGGUCACAAGGAAAAUCGCAGCGAACCCCCAUGUUGAACCAGGGCAGCAGGAUGUGGAGUAGAGGUGACCCGAUCGAACUUGAGCUGCGAUCGGAUAUCUCGACGUUGCGUAGCUAAGUCUGGGUGUGUAUAUACUCGGGGUUCAUAAAUAUCGGACAUAUCCAUACACUUGUGUUGCAGUAGGUAUAUCUUUAGGGCUCAUAGGCAUUGCGUGGCGUUGCAUUUUAUAGGCUGGCUACAUCGGUGCUGCAAGGGGGGGUCCGACGUUAGACGAUGGCUAGGCAUAUCAUACAUUCUUCACAUUCAC